GUUUGCUGUUUGCUGUUGACGGCUGUACUGCGUUUGAGCUCCGUCACUAUAUUCUUUUCAUUGACUAUUUUUAACUUAAAAAUCAAUUUUAUACAUCAUUGUUUCCGUUUAUAUAACGCGUGAAUAUAUCCUCUAUUGUAUUCUACAACAAAAACAAUCAGAGCGCCUCGCUAUCACUAGUUUUAUUUUGAUCUCCCGGGUCCGCUAUUAGCUUUUAGCCAGUUAGCAUCAGCAAGCGUGUUUGCUGCUAACUGCGCUUACAUUGCUAAUACUCUAUUCUCACACAUUACCACUGCUGUACUCACUGUUACUUGCUUUAAUGGCGGAUGAAUGUCUCCACUCUGUGCAGCUCGAGCUCGAGGCCGUGGGGAAGCAGAUUCGCGACCUGGAACAGAGGCAGGCCAAGCUGAGAGAGCGGAGAGCCGCGCUGGAAUCAUCCCGGGCUGACGCUCACAAGUCCGGGGUAAGUAUACAGCGUGCUGUUAACGGUCCCACCACGUCUACUCCGUGUGUUUCUCUGCGCAGGCCCGGUGCACCCAGGACGCGAUCUUCCCAGAUGUCCUUCACUGCGACGCCGGGACACCACGGACCCUGGGUGCAUCCACAGCGGAGGACGCGAGCCGGGUCCCGGGCGACUACUUCUCCCCCUCCUGCCUUCGAGCUCUCCAUCCAGAACCGCUUCGCUCCCCUCCACGAGACAGGACGCGACGCUGUGAUCAUCGGAGACUCCAUCGUCCGACACAUACCCGCGAUCCUGAAGGACGACGAGAGCCCUAGAGCGGUCGUGCUUCACGCCGGGGUUAACGACACCACGCUGCGGCAGACGGAGACGCUGAAGAGGGACUUCAGGAGCCUGAUCGAGACGGUUCGCAGCACGACGCCCGCGGCGACGAUCGUCGUGUCAGGACCACUGCCCACGUAUCGACGAGGACACGAAAGGUUCAGUAGACUUUUUGCUUUAAAUGAAUGGUUGUUGUCAUGGUGUAAAGAACAGAAACUGCUAUUUGUUAAUAACUGGAAUCUUUUCUGGGAGCGUCCUAGACUGUUUCGCGCUGAUGGAUUACACCCCAGCAGAAUUGGAGCGGAGCUUCUCUCUGACAACAUCUCCAGGACACUUCGCUCCAUGUGACUAGUAAGACAAUUCUCAAAUAACCAUUAUGAUGAGUUUUGUUCUAACCGCUUAAAUGCUAAAGGUACUUGCGCUGUAAAACCUAGUAAGACUGUGUCUGUUCCCCGAAUAGUGAGGUCAAAAUAUAA